GUUCUUAACAUCAAGCUUCCUGAAGCACCGGCGGCUGAGUCAGUUGCAUUGAGCGAAAGCGAAAAAUCGUCUUGGGUUUUAACCACGGUUUAUUUAUUCUUUCGGACAUGAGUGUUAUGGCGACCGAUAGUAAAUCAGUUCACGAGACCAGUCAUUUAUCGGGAUAGAUAAUGAGCGUGUUCAAUAAAUAAUGUAGACUAUCUUAAAUUACUGUUUUAUCGUUUAUGGACAUCUUUCGUUAACGGAGAGCUCUGAGAUUAAAACCACUUGUUAUUUUGACUGACUUCGCUGUAUACUGUCUAUCUGUUUAUCGUUGUUUAACUAUCUGCGGCAGCGUGACCGUGUAGGUAACAUGGGAUAACAGUAGUAAUCGCGUUAAUCGGGUUUAGACUUCACCGUCCCACACUAAGUACGAACAUUUAGUAUAUUGAGUUGAAAUGAAAUGAAAUUUGAAGUAAUACCUGGCAACUUCACUUUAUAAAUUCAGUUGUUUUAAUGUUGACGUGAAUGAGAGCAGUCAAGGAAACAUGGAGCAGGUAAACAUUUGCGAUCCGUCCAUCAUUCCGCAAUGCCCUGAUCAAACAGAUGUUGCACAUCCACACACUGAUGCUCCGUCAGAAAACCACACAGACUUGCUUACGGAAGAUGAUCAUUGUGUAAAUGAAGAUCACUGGAUGCCUUCACACCCAGAGGGGAUCUUGGAGUCAUCAGACCCCACAUCAGAGGAGAACCCUCGACCACAAGACCAUCUACCAGAUCUUCAGAAAGUACACAUCGACUAUGACACGUCCUUGUGUGCCGGGGGUUCAGAGACUGAUUCUGGGAAAGCGUCCCAGGACUCUGCCCUGGACAACGGUCAUGAUGACUCGGGCGAGUUUGUCGUAACUAUGUUAGCCCGGGGUAAGAUAGAAGAGCAGGGCAUGGGUACGAAAGGUGCCUCAUCCCCUCUGUCUGAGACCGGGACACCUGUGGGACCUCCUUCGCAUAGGAAUGAGGAUGUGACGGCGGAGAGUUGGAGGCGGCACAGGAAGCAUGUGUUUGUGCUGAGUGAGGCUGGGAAGCCCAUCUACUCUCGGUAUGGCAGCGAGGAAGCCCUGUCCUCCACCAUGGGGGUGAUGAUGGCUCUCGUGUCCUUUGUUCAGAGUGGAGACAAUACGAUUCGCUCAGUCUACUCGGAUGAGCACACUGUUGUGUUCAUGCAGAGAGGUCCUCUGGUCCUGGUGUCUGUCUCCAGCAGCCGACAGUCAGAGCAACAGCUCCGUCAAGAGCUCCUCUACGUCUACAACCAAAUCGUCAGCAUGCUCACGCAGGCCAGCAUCACCCGCAUCUUCGAGCACAAGAAGAACUACGACCUGCGCCGCUUGCUGGCAGGCUCCGAGAAGAUUCUCGACGGGCUCCUGAACCUGGUGGACUCGGACCCCAGCUUCUUGCUCUCCGCUGUGCACUGUCUCCCGCUGGCCUCGUCUCUCAGGGAUUCCCUCAGCCAAAUCCUUCAAAAGGCCAUCACGCCCAAUCUGGUCUUUUCUAUCCUCAUAGCUAAGAACCAGCUACUGACCAUAGUGCAAGAAAAGACGGUCAUUGAGGAUGCCAGGCUGGACCCUGCAGACCUCCACCUUUUGCUUAACCUCAUCGGGGCUUCGUCCGCCUUUCAGGCUGGGGAGAUCUGGACGCCCAUUUGCCUGCCCAGCUUUAACCCUGACUGUUAUUUUUAUGCCUAUAUUUCCUAUCUGGAUCCUCCAGAAUGUACUGUGUGUCUUGUUCUACUCUCAACUGAUAAAGAGGCGUUCUAUUCGGUGGCCGAGUGUAAGAGGAAGAUCGAGGAGGCUAUGCAAACUCAGAAUGCGUUGAACUCAAUAGCUAAAGCUCAUCUGUACAGUGUCAGUCAGGUGGGAGUGUCGGAUCUCAGGCAUUUCAUGUAUAAACCCUUUGAUGUGCCCGACAAUCAUCGCCAGCUAACACAGUUUACCAGCCCGGAAAUGGAGGCCCCUUACAGCAGCGAGGAGGAGAGGAUGAGACUUCUGGACCUCUACAGAGACAUGCACAGCCGCAUCCACAGUACCUCACGUCCCCUUAAUCUCAUCUACCACGUGGCUGAACGGGAGACUCUUCUGGCUUGGGUCACGAGCAAAUUUGAGUUGUACACAUGCUUCAGCCCCCUUGUCACGAAAACCUGUGCCAUCAACGCCAUCACCAAACUGCUGCGCUGGAUCAAGAAGGAGGAAGACCGUCUAUUUAUUCGUUACCCUCCAAAAUACUCCACAACCCCUAACCCUAGUAAAAGCUCUAAAGGAGAUGCCCACUGAUGUGCUGUGAACUGAUCAACUAAUCAUCAGUUUGUGGAGGACGUGCAUCCCUGUAUCUACACUUAACAACUCUCCAAAACUCGGUUCUAGAAGUUAACCAAAUAAUCCUACAAUGGAUUAAUAGUUUGAUGCAUUUAAUCGAUGAUUUUGGGGGGUUUUGACUGUUUGACAAACUCGUCCUGGAUGAAUUGGAUACGUUUUUAUAAAUUAUGAAAAAAGUAACAUUUUGAAAAGGCGGUAAGGUGAUCUUGUUUCCUUUACUGAUAAUUUCACAGGAAUGUUUAAGUAUUAAAACAACAAUCCAAUAAAAUAUGGAAUCUUCAGUCUUAAACAUUAUGUGGAUAUGGCCGACUAAUGCAGCUACGACAUGAUUGUUUUACUUUACAAGAAAAUACAAUAAUGUUUUUAGGAAUUAAAUUAGGUCAGGAUGUUUGUUAUGCUAUAAAAUGUAAUAUUUCUCAAAUUUUGUCUCCCACGUCUGAAGUAAAGAGGCUAGCGGUUUAUCAUGGUCUUAACAUGUGCAGUAGUUUUUCUGUUCAGUUGUUCAUUUGUACUUUGUCAGAAGUUUAACAAGGACUUUUUCUCUAUGGUUUUGUAUCUGAAACCAAAAAAAUCUCUUUUACUAUAGAAUUAUUGCAUUCAUCUCUAUUCUCAUCAGGUUUGUGGAAAACACAUCUUGUCUGUUUUUGCAUUGUUAGGAACAUCUUAGUGCAUUAUGAAAUUAUAUAAGGUCCAUCAUAAUAUUUGGACAAGAAUAAUAAUAAUGUGCAAUGUUUACUCAGAUUUGGAGAAAUUGCGGUUUCUUUUUUCCUGGAAAAUUACUGGUUGAAACCAUUUUAAUUCAAGAGGAGUAAUAUAUUGGUGCUGUAAUAAACCUCUAAAGUU